GGCUCCAGCCACGGCCAUGGCCGCCGGCUUCUCAGCCUGGUUCUGGAACGAGAGGUUCUGGCUGCCGCACAACGUCACCUGGGCCGACCUGAAGAACACGGAGGGGGCCGAGUACCCGCAGGCCAGCGACCUGUACCUGGCCUUCCCGGUGGCGCUCGCCAUCUUCCUCGUGCGCCUGCUGUUCGAGAGGUUUAUUGCCAAACCAUGCGCCUUGCGACUCCAAAUCCAAGCCGCGAGACCACGCAAAGCACAUCCCAAUGCUAUUCUAGAAAAAGUCUUUACGUCUAUAACCAAGUCUCCAGAUGAGAGAAGACUGGAAGGUCUCUCGAAGCAGCUUGACUGGGAUGUACGCAAAAUCCAGAGCUGGUUUCGCCAUCGAAGAAACCAGGAUAAACCCAGCACGCUCACCAAGUUCAGUGAGAGCAUGUGGAGACUUGUGUUCUAUUUCUAUAUAUUCUCCUAUGGAGUGAGGUUUCUGUCAAAGGUUCCCUGGUUUUGGGACACACGACACUGUUGGUAUAACUACCCAUAUCAGCAACUAACGGUGGACAUGUAUUAUUAUUACACAGUGGAACUCUCUUUCUACUGGUCCUUGAUGUUUUCACAGUUUACAGAUAUUAAAAGAAAGGACUUUUUUGUUAUGCUGCUCCAUCAUUUUGCUACAGUCGGAUUAAUCACCUUCUCUUACGUCAACAACAUGUUGCGAGUAGGAACACUAGUAAUGUGCCUUCACGACGCGUCCGAUUCCCUUUUAGAGGCUGCUAAGUUAGCAAAUUAUGCCAAGUAUCAAAGGAUCUGCGACUCUUUAUUUAUGGCGUUUGGUUUUGUCUUCGUCAGCACGAGGCUCGGUAUUUACCCCGUAUGGAUUUUAAAGACCACGCUGUUUGAAAGUUGGGAGAUAAUUGGGCCCUACCCGUCCUGGUGGGUCUUCAACACCCUGUUGAUUGUAUUACAGAUCCUCCACGGCAUCUGGUCAUAUCUCAUCAUCCGCAUUGCGUACAAAUCAAUCAUGAAGGGAAAGUCUGUGAAGUGGGACCUUUGUCUUGUGUCGAAGGAUGAUCGCAGUGACAUUGAGUCCAGCUCGGAGGAUGACGACCCCAUGACUAACGGUGGGGGCCACACCCGGCGCCAUCGUCACAGCCCGUACAAGGGAACCAAUGGGACCAACGGCCACCUGAGCCCCGGGGCCUGGGCGGAGGAACACUAAGGACAUGAGCGUGAGCUUGUCCAUCAGCCAGAAACCGGCCGAACUUUUUUGUGUGUUGGAAUUGGGCCACUUUCUUUCCUGGGUGUUUCUACACAGAAUUGAAGCCCACCCCACAAGUCAAGUCACUUAAACCCCAAAAACGCUUACAAACGAUUUGUUGUUGGGGGAGAAAAGGGAGGGUGG